AAUGUUGUAAAAUAAUAUUGAUGAGAAUGAAGCAAGUCUGUUAUUCAAAUUUAUUUUAAUUGGAGAUAUUGGUAUUUAUGAUACAUUGAAUCUUUGUAGCUGUUGGUAAGACAUCGCUACUUAAGUAAUUUGUUGAGAAACGAUUUUGUGAUGACUAUAAUUUGACUAUUGGAGUUGAAUUCAAUAUCAAAUAUAUCUAAGUGAAUGAUCAUGUCAUUAAAUUGCAGAUGUGGGAUACAGUAAAAAGAUCCUUAAUGAAAAGUCUGGACAAGAGAGUUUCAAGAGUGUGACACGUUUGUAUUACAGAGCAGCAGCUGGAGCUAUCAUGGUCUUUGACAUUACAAGAAGAGAGACUUUUGAAAAUAUUCGUAAUUGGCAUCGUGAGGCUCUUGACAAUGGCAAUAGUAGAAUGAAAUUUCUACUUAUUGGCAAUAAGACUGACCUUCAAAAUCAUAGAGAAGUAGAAUCUUAUGAAGCAGCUCAAUAUGCCAAAGAAAAUGAGUGUCUCUAUACUGAAUGUUCAGCCUUAUAAGGAUCUAAUGUAGAAAAUGCAUUUAUGGAAUUGGCUCAUUAAAUUUACUAGAUGGCCAUGGAAGAUCCUAACCUAGUAAAUGAAUAAUAUGGGAUCAAAUAUGUCAAUAAUGCCAAUAGUUCUAUGUCAACAAGUAAAAUUGUAAGUUAGCAAGCAAUACCCAAGAAAUAGUUAUAAAAGGUAAUGAAAUAACAGCACUAAUAGAUAAAUAAUUCAAAUACUGAAGAAUUUAUGGAAUAUUAUGGAGAACAAAACUAAACGAAUUAAAAAAAGGCUUAGUGCAAUAAUUGUUGUGCAGAUAUAUGAA